GAAUUCUGUAGGUAAUAAACAAAAAUUAAAACACUUUUUUUCCUGCAAAAACUUCAACAACAAAUAUGUAGCAAAAACAAAUUGAAUUGAAAAGUUGAAAGCAAAAAAGCAUCAGCAACAUGGAGCGUUUCGCUUUCAAGAUCGAUGCAGCUCUCAGGGCGAAUUUGUACAAGAUAUGUCGCCUGUGCGGCAUUGAUAAUCCGUCCAAGGUGCCAAUAUUACCGAUGGAGAGCGAGAUUAUAGAUCUGGACGAGCCCAGUUUGAGUCAAAAGGUUUACGAAUUGGUUGGCUUCACGGUGUCGCAAGACGACAAAAUGCCACAGACAAUGUGCAGUUUGUGUGUGGAUAAAAUCAAUGAUUUUUUCGAGUUUCGUGAAAUGUGCCAUGCAACCAACAAACAAACGCGUAAACUGCUGGGCCUGAAACAGGCCGAUCCACAAACGCUGAUGGAUGUGAAGCCAAUCUUUAAGAGCGAACCGCUGCCCACGGGCAAUAAGCGUGGUCGUAAACGCAAAACUGAUGAUAAUGCCAAGCCCACAAACAGCAGCGAGUUAUCCUUGGAUGCAGUUAAGCACGAGCCCGUUGCCUGGCGCAAGAAGCAGCGCCUACAACAGCAACAACUGCUGCCAGCCAGCAAAACUGAGAUCAAGGAGGAACCCACGGAUGCUGAUGGCAGCUUACUUGGCAAAAAGCGUCGCAAAGCCAGUUGCAGUGUGUGUAGCGAACGUUUCGCCAGCAAGGAGGAAGCGGAGGAGCACAGGGCCGCAGCGCACGUGCCGUCGAUAGCGCGAUACUCAUGCUAUGCCUGCAAUCAGACGCACCACAACGCUAGUGACAUCAAGGCGCAUCAACUGUGGCACAAGCUGUCCAAGACGCCCUACCAGUGUCCCCAGUGUAAUGCAAGCGUGGCCAACAAUUACGCUUUCACGCGACAUUUGCGCGAACACACGCCAACGACGCCAAUUGGUUUACUGGUGCUCGAUCGCGAGUGUCCGUUGUGUAAGAAGACGUUCUUGACCAACUAUUUCUACAAUACACAUCCGUGUGCCCGGCGCACUCGCAAAUGUGGUGGCUGUAGUCGUGCACUCAACACCGAGGUGGCCUAUAUGCGACACGCGCCGCACUGUCCCAAGAUCUAUUUGAGUCACUCGAAGCACAUAAUGCCCGAGGUGGCUGAUCACGAGGCGCAAAUGCGCAUCAAGAACGAGUAUGACGUGGACAAUGAGGAGAGUCCUGCAAUAGAGAAUGCAGCGCAAUCUGAUAUGCAACCCGUUGUGGUGCUAGAACGCUUAACAUCGCCGCUGCUGCGUGCCUCCCUAGAGCCCAAUUCGCUGGGCCGGAACAACGAGCGUGUCUCAACGAAAUCCUAUUUGAAACGCGUCGAUCAGCUGCUCAAGAAUACAAUGAGCACGCUGGUCAGCAUUAAGCAUGAGCCCGAGGUGCAUAUCGAUGAUACUGGACCGCAGCUGCAACCAGUUGUGGAGCCAACGGAAAGCGAACCGGAUGAGGAUCCACCCGCUGACUACGAUGAUUUUCGCAACGAUGACAGCGAUGACGAUGAAUCGGCAGCAGCAACAGCACCAGAUGACGGUGCACCGUCAGUGGCAACAGCAGCAGAUCAUGAUGCACCAGCAGCGGCAACAGCAGCAGAUGAUGAUGCUGCGCCUGCUGAUGCUCCAACAGUGUCUGUCAAACAAGAGAUCAUCGAUGAAGCCUAUGAACAGCAGCAGCUAGGCGAUGGCGUGCAAAUCAAACAAGAGCCGCUCAAGCUUAAGCUUAAAAUCACUAAGAAUCAUGGGCAACUCAAUUCAUCCAUUGUGGACGAUGAUGACAACGAUCUGCAGCUUCAAUCCAAGAGCGCCAAAAAGAAAAAGAAGCGAAAGCACAAGGAGCGCUAUAGGGAAUCGGAAGAAGCAACACCUAGUGCAGAAAAUACAGACAAUGCAGCUGAGAUGCCCGCAUCAAGUAGUGCCAUGGUUACCAUCAAGCAGGAGCGUGUAGACGAAAACUACGAAGAUGUGGCACAACAGGCCGAGUUUGAGCCACAAGCCACUGUCAUGACGAGUAUUCCCAUGCUGCAGUUGGAGAGCAGCAGCUUCACCGAAGAGCAGCCAGCAGCAACGAGCAGCAGUCGGGAGCCAGAGACGGAGGAUGUGAAACCCAAUCGCUUGGAGCUUGAUCGUUUGAUGCAGAUCACGCAUAUAGCCAGCGGUGUGGCCAUGGCCGAGGAAGCAAUGCCGACGGAGAGCGCUGUUGAAGCGGUGCCCAAUGAAGCACCUGCAGAGAACGCUCCGAAGACCGCUAGGAAAUCAACCAGCACAAAAUCAACGGCCAGGAAGAGCACAGGUGGCAUGUCAAGGGCAGCGCCAAGCUCAUCAAGCACACCUGCGGUGGAAAUGCAGCUGCCACAAAUUGUGGCAGUGGAAAGUGGUGCAACGAUGCCUUUUAAUAUCGCUAUUAAACCGGAGCCACUUAAUCGUGGCUAUGCGGAUGAGCAUGAAGAGCAGACGGAGCAGGAGCAGAUGGCAGAGGCAACUAGUGAGAUUAAUCACAAUGAGAAAGUCGACGAGGAAGCUGCCUAUAUCAACAAUUUGGAUUUGAGCAAUGUGGUUAUUAAGCAGGAGAAGGAUUUGCACAUUUCCGAUGUGGAUAUCAAUGGCAGCGAAGCGGACAACUUGCAGUGCAAUGGUUCACGUGCUAGCGAGGAAAGUGAUGAUGACGACGACGAUGAUGAUGACAGCGCUUCGUCAGCCGAUGAGGCAGAGGAGAAUAUGGAUACGUACGAAGAGCAGGACGAGCGCAUUUAUCAAGAAAUAGAGCUCCCACCUUUGGAAGAGCAAGCGGCAGUUGAAAAUGCCGAAGUAGAGGAACACUGCGAGUCGGAGCAGAUGCAAGUGGAACCAGAAAAUACUUCAGUGCUGGAAGAAGCGACAGAAAGAGCCCUAGAGCAGCCACAGGAGCCACAAAUGGAACCACAGGUGGCAGAAUCAGAGAAAUUAGAGUCGCAGCCGAUGCAAGUCGAGUCAGGGCCUGAGAAUGAGAAUGUGGAAAAUGUCGAAGGCACAGCAAUCACCGCAGUAGAAGCAACUGCAAUUCUUGAGUCCUCUGCAGAAGAGGAGAAGUCAAUUGCAGCAGAGGAAACGCCACCAGCAGCUCAACCUGAGCCAGAAUUGGCGCCAAGCAGCGCGCCCGCCUUUAACUUUGUCAUCACCAGCGUUUGCAGCCAAGCAGAGGAAACGUUGCCAGUUGAUGAACCGCAAACUCCAGAGAAGAGCAGCCACAGUGAAGAGAAUGUCACCUGCCCCGAGGUUAACCUAAGUGCGCCCAAAGAAAGCGAAACGCUGGCGCAGCCAUUCUUUGACCCAUCUAGCACCUCAACCAACUACAAUUGCGAUGAGGAGCAGCAAAAUGUGCUUAACCAUGAGUUGUCCGCCACGGAACAGGCGGAGGAGCAACUUGCGCUACCGGCAGUCGAAGAGCAGCAGGAAGUGGAGGCAGGAACCUCAAGUGCAACUCCUAGCUGCAGUGAGAAUGCGUCGAGUGCCAAUGAAGAGACUGAGAAUCGCAUCAAUGAGCAGCAGCAAGAGCAUCAGCGGCACGAGCGUCAACAGCAACAGCAGCGCUGUGAGAUUAACGAUGAUUCCAAUAUCAAUGAAAUUGCCGAGAACAAUAACAACGCCAACAUUGAACGUGAACUUAAUGACGAUGCGAAUGUGGCUCCUCAGGAAAACCGUAAUAUCUAAGCUAGUUAACACAUAGGAUUAUUAACUUAAAAUGAACAUACAUUAUAUAUGUUAUCCUCUUGUAGUCGCCAUACCCGUUACUCCCCUGUAAAUACUACAUAUACAUAUUGUCACUCAAGUCCUCAUCGCAAAAAACUAAACCACAAAAAAAAAAAACAACUUACGUUACCAAAUUCGAAUAAAAUACAGUAAAAAGUAAAUGGUAAAUCCUUAGUUAUAUUAAGUUAGAUAUACACAACUUUAUUUACGUAAAUUACAUAAAUUAAUGGCUUAUAU